CUAUAUCAUCAUAUCAAUUUAUAGAUUUAUUAAUUCAAUUAAAAAAUAGCCAUGAUCAAUAAAUGGUUGAUUGCAUUUGCUUGUGGUUGGAUCAAUCUGUUUAUAUUUUCCGUAUUUCGUUCAUCUGGCUUGGUUUAUGUUAAAGUUUUGGAAUUGUUCGAUUGUACAUAUCAACAGGCUGCUUAUUCCGUUUCAUUGGUCGGUAGUGUUGCAUCUACUACCGGGAUUGCUUCUGGUUUUCUCACUCAUUACUUUACACCACGAUCAUUAAUUGUGAUUGGCAUAUUAAUAUGUUCGUCAUCGGUCAGCAUAACGUAUUUGGCCAGUUCGAUUCAUUUCGUCAUCAUUUCCGUUGGAAUAUUGCAAGGAAUAGGAAUUGGAUUUGUCACUUGCUUAUUGCCUGCCGUUCUAAAUUCACAUUUUGAUCAGCAAAAAUCAAUCGCAUUGGGCAUUUCAUAUGCGGGCGCAACUUUAGGUGCAUUCAUUUUUCCAUUGAUCAUACAAUGGAUGUUUUCAACUUAUGGUUUCCAUGUUACUAUGCUUAUCUUGGGUGGUGUCAUUCUGAAUGCCAUCUUAGGUGCCAUAUGGCUAAAGAUUCGUAGUAAUGACGAACAUGACGAUGAAGAGGAACAUCAACAUUCAAUACGGGAAAUCCAACUAGAAACUACUAGAAUCCGCACAGAAGAUUGUAGCAAUAGCAACAAUGAAGAGCAAGUUGCUAACUUUUGGCAACGAUUCAAACAGAAUCUCAUGAAUGACUACCGACUAUUAUCAAAUUUUCAUUUUUUUCUUUGUUCAUUCACCUACAUUAAUUUUAUCAUCGAUUUCAUUUCCUUCAUCAUUAUUUUACCAGAUGUGGCCAAAGAUCGUAAUAUAGCACCGGAAGAUGCCAAAUGGUUGCUCUCCAUAUUUGCUAUCACUGAUUUUGCUGGUCGUUUAUUACCCGGCUGGCUUUCCUUUUGGAAACUUACAUCGGACAAAUGCACAUACAUAAUGUCAAUAUUGAUUCUUGGCCUAUGUAUGCUACUUUUAGUCAUUAUUGAAUCGUGGACAAAUUUCGUUCUUGUAACAUUGCUAUGUGGAUUUGUCACUGGCUGUCAAAUGGUAUUAUCACCAGUUGUGUUGGCCGAUUAUUUCGGAACCGAAAAUACUGCCAUUGCAUUCGGUAUGGAAAACUUUAUCUGUGGAUUACUAUCAAUUUUUUUUCGACCAAUGAUAAUAGGAAUCAAAGACAUUUAUGGAACUUAUCACAAUUUAGGUUACAUCUUAUUCGCCAGUGUUGUCAUCAAUAUCACUUUGUGGAUAAUCGAAAUUGUAUUUUGUCGUCAUCGAAAAACAUUAAGAGAACAAUGAUUGUUUUAUGAAUAAAUCUUAUUUCAUUUCGAUAA